GAAGCAGCCUCCUACCACCAUCAUCUUCUUCAUCGUGAUAAAAAAACAAAGUUCAGGGAUUCUGUUCGCCGGUAUUCUGUUUGCCGGAAUUUCUUCUCUAUCUCCGGGAUAGUGAUUUUCAGGCUUAGAGAACUUCAUCGCUGCUGUCUCAUCUGAUAAUCUGAAGGAUUGGAUAUGGACUUGCCUAAACGAUUUUUUACGCCAGGAAGUGUACCGGAAAUUGAUAAAAUUAACAACCGCAGUACAUUGUCGAUUCUUAGCCUCGUUAAGCAGUACCUGGAAGCAGAGUAUAAGAUAGUUUUGCAAGAUCCAGUUUUUGGGUCGAUUGUGAAGAUGCAUGAGAAUGGUCUUGGGUAUUCGGCGAGGCUGAUCCACAGCAUUCUAUGCAAACAGCUUAUGACAGACAAGAAGCACAAACUGUGGUUCAUUUUCGGACAGAGACCUCUUCGAUUCUCCAUGCAAGAGUAUUAUGCAGUUACUGGUUUUAGGUUCCGGGAGACGAAGAACGAGAACUGGGAAAUCUGGGAGAAAGAUGGUAGAUUCUGGAGCAAUCUGUUGGAGCGUAAUGCAGGAAUAACCCUGAAGAUGAUAAAGGAUGUUCACAUCAAGACUGCUAACAAAUGUAGCCGCGAGGAUAGGUUGAGGUUGGUCUACGUGUGUAUUAUUGCGGGUUUGGUUAUGGCGCAGAGUAUUUACGUUCAUAUCCCGCACAAAGACAUUAUGUUGGUGAUGGAUUUGGAGAGGCUGCAUAGAUACCCAUGGGGUCUUAAGUCUCGCAUCCAUACUUAUUUCGCAUAAAUUCCAUGAUUUCCCGAGGUAUUGGCCAUUUUUUAACACCUUCAAACCUAUGCAUAAUCUGAAGUCCAAUUGUUUUCGCUGAAGCUGUUCUACCGAUUUUUGUUUUUUUUUUCGAUGGAGCACAUGUAUGUUCAGCAACAUACUUGUUUAUUUUGAAAUAGGUUGAGCCUUCUAAACAUUUUGCACGAA